UUGUUGUAUAACUUGUAGAUGAAAGUGACUUAUUUGUUAGCUUCUAUUUGUCUUCUCUUCAUUCAUUUCUUUCCCUCCAUUUGCUGCCUAGUGUAAAGUUUUUGUUGGUUUUAUGUAGGAAAGUCCUAUUCCCUUUUAUUUGUAUCAAAGAAAAUUAGAGAUUCUUUGUGUGUUUUGUUUGAUUUAUGGGAGGGAUUUUGAUAGAACAUUAAAAAAUGCUACUUUCUUUUUCACAGCUAUGUUGUAAGGUUUUAGUCAAAUUGUGUUUCUUGAUUAUGUAUUUGGUGGAUUUUAUGUGUUUUUCUUGUUUGGUUCACGGAGUCUGGAACAUUAAAAAAGUUGAAAGGUGAUCUGAUAUACUAAUCUGAGAGAAGAUGGCUAUGUCACUCGAGGACCUCCUCGCGAAGGAAGGAUUCAAUAAGAAGAUAUCAAAAACGACGCCUAGAGCUUCAUCUGAUAUUCGAUGCCAUGACUUGAAAAGUAAGCACAAAAUAGGCUCUUACGAUAUAUCAUCAAACGUUAAGAGAAUAAGCAUUAGUUCUUUUGAUGAGUUUUUAUCUGCUGAGGGUUCUCAAAACAAUGAGAUAGUUGAGGUCGAAGAGAGAAAUGAUUCGAGAUACAACCGUAUAUACUCAAAUCGAACUUACAGAAAUGAGAGCAGCAGUGCUGAGGAAAACACAGAAAAAUGUCUCGAUAAAUCUAGUAAAGUUGGUUAUCAGAAACAUAUGGAACGACUCGAGACCUCAAACAGCAGAUCAACUAGAAGUUCAGUAACCAGCAAAAGUACCGAUGAAACUACGAGCCUAAGGAAAUGUGAGAUUGAGCACACCAGAGCUAUUCCUGCUCUUGAUGAACUUGCUAUUCAGGCUGUAAUCUCUAUCUUGAGCGGGCAUAUAAAACGUUUUCUCGUAGAUGAGGAUUUCAGGACAUCACUUCGUCACAAUAGCUUUGCGUCGUUAAAUUUUAUUGGAUUUGAAGAAGGUUUGAAUACUGAAAGCAAGAUCAUAGCCACUCUUGAACAAGCUAUAGAAACAGCAGAAAGAGCUGCAGAGGAUUUUGCAAGUGAGAAAGAGCUUAAGAAAGCCUCAUUGCAGCUUAGUGUAAUCACAGGGUUGAAUUCAGAUGGUAAAUUUACGUCUGGAAUUCCCAAUUCUAAAUUGGCAGCUUGUGCACAUUUGUAUCUCAGUGUCAUAUAUAAGAUACAGAACAAGGACCGUAUCGCUGCAAAACAUCUCCUUCAAGUUUUCUGCGAUUCGCCCUUUCAAGCAAGGACUAGUUUGUUGCCUGAUUUGUGGAAUCGUGUGUUUCUUCCUCAUCUUUCACAUUUGAAGGUGUGGCAUGAUUCAGAAGCUAAUUUUCUUCGUGAUCUACGUAACAAGUCAAGGAAACUGAACCUGCUUGACAAAUUGUACACUGAAAAUCUGGACAAAGGUACUUAUCUGUUUGCAGUUUACUACAAGGAUUGGCUAACCGAAGGGGCUGAGAUUCCGUUAGUUCCUUCUAUUCAAAUUCCUUCAAAAUCUGUUUCGCGUCAAGGUUCCUUUAGCAACUUAAAUAGUAGUGUUGGCGGUUUUUCACCUCAGCCUGUUGUCAGCAAAAAGUUGUAUGAUGAAGUAUUCCGUCGAUCACAUAUACUAGGAGCUGAAUCAGAAGAAAGUUAUGAAAUUAGUGUGAGGAAUCCUGCUACGUUGACGUACUCAGCUGAAGUGAUUAAGUGAAAUAGAUCGAGAUGCUGAGCCUGGUGCGACCGUUGAUUCAGUAAGUGUUGAAUACAUAACUUCAAAGAACUUGGAUCAAUAUGUCACUACAACAAAAAUGACCAUUUUAAUUCUUAAUUGUCGCUGAAUAUGUAUUCUUAGUGCCAAUUGUCACUCUUUGCAUAUGUCCCUAAAGUCUUUAGAGACAUUGGUUCUAAUGGCACUUAGCUAAUGCCGGUAAAGACUUUAGCACUCUUUAUUAGUAUCAGUAUUCAAUGUCGCUAAAAGUUGUUUUUGUUGUAGUGUGUGUAAAUUGUUGGUUAAAAUCCUGGCUAAGUUUCUGCAA